CCGUGAUUCAUUCUCUUUGCAGGAGAAACUCAUCUAUUGUGACCGCCAUGUCCGAGACUGCUCCCGAGGCUCCGGCGGAGGCGGCUCCUGCGGCCCCCGCAGCGAAGAAGGCCAAGAAGGCGGCGCCGAAGGCCAAGAAGCCGCGCAAGGCCUCCUCGGGCCCGAGCGUGACGGAGCUGCUGACCGAGGCGGUGGCGGCGUCCAAGGAGCGCAGCGGGGUCUCGCUGGCCGCGCUCAAGAAGGCGCUCUCGGCCGCGGGCUACGACGUGGAGCGGAACAACAGCCGCCUCAAGCUGGGCCUCAAGAGUCUCGUGGCCAAGGGCACGCUGGUCCAGACCAAGGGCACCGGCGCCUCGGGCUCCUUCAAGCUCAACAAGAAGCCUCCCGGGGACAGCAAGGCGGCGGCCAAGAGGAAGGCGCCCGCCAAGAGGCCCAGCGCGGCCGCCAAGAGGCCGGCAGGGGGCGCCCGCAAGAGCCCCAAGAAGCCCAAGGCCGCCGCCGCCGCGCCCAGGAAGAAGAGCCCCAAGAAGACCAAGGCCGCGCCGCCCAGGAAGCCCAAGGCCGCCGCCAAGAAGCCCGCCAAGAGCCCCAAGAAGACCAAGGCCCCCAGCAAGCCCAAGCCGAAGGCCAAGAGCCCCAAAGCCAAGCCCAGGCCGGCCAAGAGCCCCAAGGCCAAGAAGACCAAGGCGGCGCCCAAGAGAAAGUGAGCACACACACACCCCGCCGCCACCCCAACGGCUCUUUUCAGAGCCACCCACACGCUCCACCCGAAAGAGCUGAGACACCCUCCAAGGGCCAUGCAGGGAGGCACCAUCAAAGCUCUCCCAGCAGAUGCCCAUACAGCCUCUUUGAAAAACCCCCAAAGCAGGGAGUUUCCACGCCCCUUUUCAGUGCAGCUCUUCUCCACUCAAAAGGCUGCCAUGGUUGAGAUAUAAACCGCCUCGAGUCCCCCCCCCCCCGCAAGGGUGCGAAAGGCAGUAUAUAAAUACAGUAGUCUCACUUAUCCAACCCUCGCUUAUCCAAACGUUCUGGAUUAUCCAAGACAUUUUUGUAGUCAAUGUUUUCAAUAUAUCGUGAUAUUUUGGUGCUAUAUUCAUAAAUACAGUAA